AUGCCGCAAUACCACACUCCCGGCGGUACUGCCUCCUAUGCAGACGGAAAGUCGCUCUACCCGUCCUUCCCCAAGGUCAGCUUCGGCCGUGCCGUCGCGAUUGGUCUCUCAGCAGGCUUUCUCGGCGCCCUCGUUAUGUCCGGUACCAACAAGCUAGAGCAAAUGUUUAGCGGUCGGCCGAACUCAUACGUCCCAGCCCGCACGGUUGGCAACCACCUCGGCGUCUCCGCGGACUUUUAUAAGAGGAAUGUCGACCUGCUGAACAACGUGCAUCACUAUGGCAUGGGUAUGUUGGCAGGUCCUGUCCGCGCUAUUAUGUCGUAUUAUGGAGUCAUUGGCCCGUUUGCAACGUUUGUUCAUACUGGUGUUCGUAUCAUGAUGGAUCAGACUGUCGAAUUGACAGCGGGGACGAGCGCGUUGCCGUGGACGUGGCCCAUCAACGAGCAAGUGAUUGAUGUGCUGCAUAAGGGCAUAUAUGCAGUGGUCACUGGAUAUGUGUGCGAUCGCUUGGUGAGGGGCGUGGAUUGGUUUAACAGUGGAUCCUGAGGAAUGGGUCUCAAGAUGGAUAUGGUUAGAUGAAGGACUAACUGAGCGGUAUCACUCUACGAAGGAGCUCGUAUUCAGUGUGUCCCUAUGUAGGCGCACACCUGUAUAGAAUGAAAAUGCG